GUCGACAAGCGAUGCUGCAUGUUGAGCAACGGCACUCCCGCCUCCACCAACCCGUUCGCCGCCCCCAGCUCGCCGCCUCCGUCCCUCGCCUUUACGCAGCACGCACGUGUUGCGGUUGGCGGUGUCCCCCGUCAGCUCGGAGAGUCCGUCAUACGCGGUCACAACCAUUGUCAAGGCAGACAAUAGCAAAUCAGCAGAUCAAUCGCAAGCAGUGGCUCUUCAGAUGGCUCUCGUCAACCCGUUGCGGCACAGAAACAGCGAAAAACAUGCAGUGGAAAUGCUACUAACUUCGAGUCCGCCCAUCCUGGAGGUGCCGAGCACCGACGUCGUCCCUGAUGGCUUGGACGCUUGUUUCGCCCAUUACGCGGCCUAUGCCCUUCCGCAAGAAGAGCUAUUUUGCAAUUGGACAUGGGAUAAUGUUUUGUGCUGGCCGCCAACCAAGGCUGGAGAGACUGCGCGCCAGCGAUGCCCGCAGGACAAAGGAGUCGAUUUGACAAAGUACGCAACCAAGCGGUGCAGCGUAGAUGGCCGAUGGGAAGGCAAAGCGGAGGGUGACUACAGCAGUCCCCAGGGCUGGACUAACUACACACCCUGUUUCACGCCUGAAAUUCUCCAAGUCAUGAGAGGCCUCUACUCCGGCCCUGACAGCGACAUUAAAAUUAAGAUUGCUGAGCGUACGAGAGUUUUGGAAAUUGUCGGCCUCAGCGUGUCACUAACUGCCAUGAUUUUGUCCCUCGUCAUAUUCUGCCAUUUCAGGAGUUUACGAAACAACCGAACGCGGAUCCACAAAAACCUGUUCGUGGCCAUGGCAAUCCAAGUUGUAAUCCGGUUGACCCUAUACAUCGACCAGGCCGUCACCAGAAGCUCCAAAGAGCUCCUCAGUAGGACCAAUUACUCAAGACAAGGGAUUGAUAAUACGGCUAUUCUUUGCGAGGCCUCUUACGUUCUUCUUGAGUACGCUCGCACUGCUAUGUUUAUGUGGAUGUUCAUCGAAGGUCUAUACCUGCACAAUAUGAUCACUGUGACUGUUUUUCAAGAGAAAUUCCACUACUUAUUUUACACUUUGAUGGGCUGGGGCGUACCCAUCCUGAUGACAACCGCGUGGGCUGUUACCACGGCCCUCUAUUUUGAAACUUCAAACACCAAGUGCUGGUGGGGGUACAGUCUCACGCACUACUUCUGGAUCCUGGAAGGGCCGCGCCUCGGCGUCAUUGUGUUGAACAUGCUGUUUUUGCUGAACAUUAUUAGAGUACUUGUCGUGAAGCUUCGACAGAGUCACACAAGCGAGACUGAAAAAGUCAGGAAAGCGGUGCGCGCGGCCCUGGUGCUCCUGCCCCUCCUCGGAAUCACCAACGUGCUCAACAUGAUAGACGCACCGCUGCAGCGGCCGGCGUGGCAAUUCGCCCUCUGGUCCUACGGAACCCACUUCCUUACCUCCUUCCAGGGCUUUUUCAUCGCUUUCAUCUACUGCUUUCUCAACGGCGAGGUGAGAACGGCUGUCAUGAAAAGCAUUUACGUGUACUUGUCCUUGCGGAGAGACAACUUUCCGAGGAGGAAUUCGGCCUUCUCGAGUGUCUUCGUCGGUGCCGACGCCGUCAGCGUGGAGAGGACCCGCGCGGCGUCGACGGCCGCGGCGCCGGCUGUGGCUGAGCUUAAGCCUCGCACUUGGCGAAAGUGCUGGCUCAAAAUGGCUCCGGACGAAUCCAAAAAUGUACCGGGCGCCAUUGAACCCGAGAAGAUGUCGUCGCCAGAGACGUGUGUCUGACGAUGUCUACAUCCGCCGCGGCCAAACUUCGACUCUCCGGAGAGCAGUGGCAAGCUUGACAAGCUAGCAGGGGAAGUGGUGGUGCAUUUCGUCCCUCACUCCACGACCUCACCUGGUUCGCCAGAACUCCACAUCGUCGCGCAAACAACCAACGAAAGAAAUGAGUGAUUUCCAAGCAACUGUACGAGUGGGGCACCUUAAAUGUCGUCUAUUCGCUUUACUCUAUCAGCACAAAAUAGCAAAAUAAUAAUGUUGUGUACUUUUUUUUCCAACAAGAAAUCUAAAUAGCAGAGCGAAAGGCGCAAACCCCCCAUUUUCACACGAAUUGAUUUUUAAUCACUGACAGUUUUAUAUUUAUACUACUCUCAAAAGGAUGACCUUAAAUAUAUUAUGAAGAAGUACACUAAGUCACAAAUAAAUAAUAGAAUUGCGACACUACAAUAGUUUUACUCUCCAGUCUCCAGGAAAAAAUGGCUUGGUUCUCAAGUAAAUAAAGUCAUAAAUGAAAAAACGGUAAAAUUUUAAUUUUAAAAUUUAAUUUCCGUUUUUCUCAGAAAUCACUAUUUCAAUUCCGCAACGUUGCUAGUCAGAUUUUGCGUGAGAAGCAAAACAGCUUUGGUCUUGGUGUCAUGUUUGCCGAUAAAAUACUUUGUGUGUGCGAAAAUGGGGCACCUUCACUAUGCUCGUUUCAAGGUUUAUCUUUUAAAAUGAAUCUGUGCAGUGAAACUGUGAAUAUUCGGAACAUUUCACGUAGAACUGCUAGAGUGUUGUGUAAUGUUCUAUAUUCAUGUUUAUUUGUUUUGCCAAAUUGAUAAAAGGUGUUAUUUGUAAUCACCACGGCAAGCUUCUUCGUCAAUUGAAAAAUAACUGCAUUUGCACAAAUAUUUUCGUUUAGUUUUUGUUGGGAAAACAUAAAAUCCAAGCUUGGGAAUUGCCUUCAACGUCAUUGGGAAUUCGCCACUCAAUUGAACAUGCUUAUCUUUUCCGAAAUAAACCUUUGAUUACCUCAUUUUUUAAGUUGGUAAAACAUUAGGAAUCUAUUUUGGAUUAAUCUUUUCAGCACAACAUUUAUCAGUUUAACAUUUGAUAUUUAAUUUAUUAAAACGUUAAAAAAUAAUUUAACAUGUUAUUUAUAUGAAAUUUAAAAUUAAAGAAUGGGUGAGCUCUGCGCGGAUUAUUUCAGUAUGGUUAGCUGCUAUAGGUGAAAAUAUGAAAGGGAAAUUUUUCACUAAUGACUAACCAUCAUGAAUUAAUCCGUGCCAAGCGUAGCCAUUCAUUAAUUUUAAAUUUAAUAAUUUACUUGCGUGUCUACUACUUUUUUAUGAUUUUUAAUGAUACGUCGUUAAGUGCUUACUGACAAAAAUCAUUGAAGAGUUAAAUUCAAAUUUUAUCGAUGAGAAAAUAGUCAAAAUGCUUUACAUUUUUCUUUAAUUCAAAAGAAAAUGUAAGCAUCGUUAUUUCCCUUUCGUGCAAUUGUUAUGACUGGAGCUCAAUCACAUUUGAGCAAUGGCAACGCAUAAUUUAAUUUCAGUGGACCAAUUUUAGUUUGAAUUUAAGAAUCCCAAAAAAAUGUUGUGACUCGAGCGAAUUCUGAACAACGUUAACAGUAAAAAUGACAUUUAGAAAAGUGAGACCUUUUAGCUUUUAGAUUGUGGAUACUUGUUCUGGCAUUGUCUUAAAAUAUCUAUACGCUAGACAAGUGGAAAUAUAAAUGUUGUUGAUUUGAUUUUGCGUGUUUAGAAAGAUUGCUUCAGCUUUUUCAAACAUUCGUUCGUACUCUUGCUGAAGUGAAGGCGCAUCAAUGCUUUAGAUUUAAACGAAAGUAAAUGUAACGGCGAUGUUUUUUAUUAACUGCGAAAAAACUGCAUAAGAGAAAGUGCUAAUUUUAAUAGAUUAAAUAUUACUCUAGCAAAAAAGCGUAGGAAUUUAAAGAAGGCCUAUUAUUAACAUAGGGGAGGGGUGCAUUGCGCUUAAAAAAAUCUACACUUUCUGCUUCAAAAGUGAGUAACAUAUUUGAUUGUAGUAAUUCCGUCAGUAAAAAACUCUUUGUUCUGUUGUUGAUGAAUUCACUUAAAAAUGUAUAUUGAGAUGAUGCUUUUCAUGAUUUCAGCAGUUACAUACCUCAUAUUUGUAUUGAAAAAAAGUCUACGAAAUGUAUUAGAGACGUGUAUACUACAUUGUUGUGUUUGAAGACUAAAAUGUACAAAUAAAUGAAUUAUACUUUUGUGUCUACACGGGAAAAUGAGAUAUUAUAUUAUAUUUAUUCCUCGUCUCCUCCGAAUACGUGCAAAUAUAUUUGUGUGCCAAUUUUAUGAAUUGUGA